AUGUCUCAACCAUUCCCCUCUGAAAGGCAGCGGGAUGGUUUUCGAUUCUCUGGAUUUGCCUUUAUUUUUCCUUAUGUCGGAGCGGCGGCAUUUGGCAGCGGCGCGAUCAAUCUACUCUGCCGCUCGCCAGUGGCCAUUGCCUCAGAGUUCUUUAUCCAGGGAACGCUGGUAUUCCGCGAGUGCUGCAAAGCUCGUGCCGUCCGUGCCAGCGGUAUGCUGGGCAAACGGCCAAAACCAGAGGCCUGUCCGCCAUCAAACCGCAGUGCCUCCAUCGGCCGCUGGCCAUCGAUGCCCCACUUGCUAUCUAUCGUGGCCCUAGCCUUUGUCCUCGUCGCGUUUAUGCCUCAUGACGUCAAGGCCAUCACCCCGGAGCAAAUACAGUCAUGGCUGACGACCAACACGUCCGAACUGUCCCCGACCGCCCUCAGCCGGCUGCAGAACCUGCCGCCCACGCUCUACUUCACCCUUCCCGAUGACAGCCUGCUGCGCUACUCGCGCGAAAACCCUCACUGCGGUCGCAGUAGCAACAGCUCCUUCUGUCUACAGAGUCGCCCCACGUCAUCCUGGCUUGGGCUGGUGGCUGCGCACUUUCCCACCGGCAUCGAGAGCAACCGGCUCCAGCACCUUAACGACACGCAACUCGUCAUUGUAGGCAGUCGCCUGGUCAACGUGUCAGAGUCCGCCGAUCACCUGGGUGCCUUUGCCGCCCUCUACCUUGACCUCGCCACCCCAGCCCUCUCCACAUCCCUCUUUGGCACCAAGGUUGAGAUGGCCUUCACUUGCGACCGUAACAUUACCCUACCCGACUUUCCCGCCGUUGCCGCCCGCACCACCGACGGGAUUGAGGCCGGCAUUCCUACCCGGCGCUACCAUCUCGACGUUCACCACGAUUGUGCUUGCCACGACCCCCACGACUACGAUAAGUGCUCGUAUUUCUCCAUCAAGUUUGACAAGGUCGAUGCUGUCACCCACUGGCGGAAUAGCGCCGAUGAACGCCAGGGCGACGUGACCAAGUGCAUGAAGUCGUUCACGAACGAUCUCAGCUUCUUGUGGGGCCUAUCCCUGGGCAUCAUCCUUCUUGACAUCGAGCGCUGCCCGGACCAGGGCAACUGCCUGAGCCGGCUUCGCCCCGCCGACGUCAUCUACGAGCGGCCCUUGGGAACUUUACGCUAUGUUCUCACCUUUGGCUGGAUGGACGCCCUCACCCCACCGGCCCACUUGCUGGAGACGGACGAGAUUGCCUGGCCAACCGCCGCCGGCUUUGGCGCCAUCAGCAUCGUGGUCCCGGCCUUUACCAACAACGCCCUGCCCUUGACCGGCAUUCUCACCAUCCUCAUCUUUUUCAUCCCCCUCAUUCUGUGCAAGUAUGCCCGCACGCAAACCAUUGGCCUCGUGGCCGGGGCCGCCUAUUCCGUUGCCGUCCUGGAGCAGGUUUGGAGCGCCAUCGCCUGCUUUGGAGAGCGCCAAUCCGCCAUCAACGUCCUGGCCAUGAUCCCGCCGACUGUUUGCAUCACCUACUUGGCUGCAUGGUACUGGUGGCAAAUUGCCAAGCGCGCACAGUAUCUCUACGAUCGCCUCAAGGGCAACGUGCACGAGGAACCCACCUGGCGCGAGCUGCAGAUCAACAAGCUUGAUCGCCGCCCUUACAUUCGCGCGCUCCUAGCCCGGGUCCCGCGCGCCUCCCUCACGCCCUCCUUUGGCUACCAAGCCUUUCGAGCGACCCUCACCGGCGCCGACCACUACAUGGUGCCGACACGCCUCCUCUGCGCCGUUGGCCUCAGCAUUUGCUGCACCAUCUCCAUCACCCCCUCCAUGUACUCGGCCGCUUCCCUCCUCGGCGCCAUGGCCGAAUUUGCCAUGUCCUCGGGGCAUUGCUGCGAAGGUCGCCAGUGCGACCCAACCCCAGGCGCCGAGCUCUGGGUCGCUGACUGGCUCACAAUGGGUGUCGGCGUCCAACUUGGCCACGGCGAGGAGUGUCGCAAGGACCAAAUCGUCAUUCGCCACGCGCUCAGCGCCGGUAUCCCCUCAGCCGCCACCCUCGUCGGCUUUGCCCUCUGCAUCUCCCUGAUGCACACCCUGGUCGUCUACCGCAAGCGCAUGCUCCUCCUCUUUCGUGGCCAGCCUGACUUUAUCAUCAAGCCCGUCCCCGUGCGCGAGAGUAUCUCCGCUGCCCUCAAGUACGGCGGCACCCAGGUCGCCAGCACCCUCGCGGCCCUCGCCCUUGGCACCGUCGUCUUUACCGUCCUUGCCAUCUUCAUCGUCAUUACCACCGUUCUCCCAAUCAUGAACCUUUACGGCGACUGGUUCUGGCCCUGGUGGUUUCGUUUUGCCAUUUUCGACGCCGAGACAGGCCAACCCGGCUUUCUCGCCAUGGUCCUGGUCAACUACUGGACCCUCAUGCUCAUCACAUGGCUUGCCUUUCGAAUGGACCCCAAUGACCGGGGCCUCCAGCGCCGAGGCCUGUUCCACGUCUUUGAUUGCAUCGAGUUUAUCUUCUACCUCUUCAACGCCCUGCUUGGUCUUGCCAAGCGUGCCAUCACCUCCAUCCUUCUGCAAGUCAUUUUCAUGGGGCGCAUGGACAAGAGUCUCAUGCCUCGCAAACACGAGCUCAUGGACAAGUCCUACGUCUCUUAUCUGGGUUACAUGCAGCUUGACCUCUUCUACUCACACCCAAUCCUGCUCACGGCCUGUUACUUUUGGUUGCUGGAGGUGGAGCCCCCCUUUGUCAAGUCCGCCUACGACGUCCACCCGUCCCUCGGCACCACUGCCGGCACCGAACUGACCCGCCGUGCCAACUCUCAAUCCCUACACGGCUCCACUGCCGUCUUCAAAACCCUGCCAAAUAAUGCGGGCGAUGAAGAAGAGGAGGACCAAGAUGGCCUGAUCAAUGGUGAUACCCACGCGGCGGCCCCAACCCCAGCGCGAAGUGGCGCGAGUCUACCCAAUCAUCGCCGCAUCCGCUCGGAUGUGUCCGUGCUAAUGGACGAGCACGAGGCCUCACGCGCGCGUCGCCGCCGCAUUCGAAACCGCGUCUGGCUUUGUGUGACGUUGGUGCACAACCCGCGUCUGCGCAAAUUUCGGAAGCACGUCAUUCGCGCGGAACUGGCCCAGGUUUACGAACGCAUUGAACGCAGUACUGAGCAAAGCUCUCCGACCCAUCACCUCAAUCCACUGCAUAACCUGCUGCAGCGCGCACGCCCCGAGCGCGUUGCUGCCACGCGUUCAGAGCGCGCCCUGACGUCGGUCUUUGACCGUAGCUUUGAUGCCGAUCCACCUCCGUACCGUGAGAUGCGGAACAAUCCCUUUUUCCAGAUUGACGACUCGAGCCACGAGCCGAGCAGCCAGGACCCGAGCCAGGAUGCAAGUGAACGCAGCUCUAUGGACUUGCCCGACAGCUCGCGAGGCACGCCGGCGCAGCCGCGGCGCGCCACUGUCAGCACCACCGUAGACGAGGUCGCGAGCGAUCAAAGGCCCGAUCCCUUUGCUAUGGAGGACAUGGAGGAGGAUGAGUACAUGGAGAUUGGGCCCAGUCUGCGCCUUGAGGGUGAAGAUGAGGAAGACACAGCCGAAAGCACUGCGUGA